AAAACAGGCAGAUAAAAAGAAAAACUGGCAAAGGAAUGUGUGAGGAACUGAAAGUAGCAUAACGUUGUUUACGGGAAAGGGAGGAGCACCGAGGAUAGGACGACGUUACAGAAGAGGGAAACUAAACAAAGUUGAGAGAGGGACAUAAAGGAAAGAACAGGUAGAGUUGGUUUACAUUAGGUUUCAAUUUUACCUCAGUUAAUUACUACUUUCUUUUCCCUGCAGCAGAAGAAAGUAAACAGAAAGUAGAGAGAGAGAGAAAAAAAAAGCUAACAGAGACCAGCUGAAGGCAGAGGAGGAGAAAGAAGAAGCAGCAAACAAAAGGAAGGAAAGACAGCAGUUAUCAAGUUGGGUCAAAAGGAAUUAAUAGAGAAAGAGAAACAAAAAAGCAGAUCAGAGACACGGCUCUGAGGACUGAAGAACAAAAGAAAAAAACAGCCACUCACUGACAGAAAGAACCGAAAUUAACUCCACAGACUACUGGCAUCAGCAAAGCAAGAGCAAGAAGAGCGGCAGAGAAGAGGUCACUGUGGUCAGUGUGUGGCAUGCCUGAGCGAGUCUACUAUGCAAGCAAGACAGCGGACAUAAACAGACAGAAGUUAACACGCUUCCAAAAGGCAGCUUUCUCUAAACAGGCAGCAUGUUGAUGAAAGAGUACCGCAUCUGUAUGCCACUCACUGUGGAUGAGUACAGGAUCGGACAGCUCUACAUGAUCAGUAAGCACAGCUGUGAGCAGAGUGGUGGAGGAGAGGGGGUGGAGGUGGUGACGAAUGAGCCAGAUACUCACCCUCAGCAUGGCCCUGGACAGCUGACCGAGAAGCGAAUCUACCUCAGCAGUAAACUACCGUCCUGGGCAAAAGCUUUUGUCCCACGAUUCUUCUACGUCACAGAAAAAGCCUGGAACUUCUACCCGUACACCAUUACAGAGUACUCAGUAUCAUUCCUCCCCAGGUUCAGCAUCCGCAUUGAGACAAGAUUCGAGAACAACAACGGAAAUAACGACAAUGUCUUCGGGGACACACCAACCCCAGCAGAGAAUGUGAGUUUCCUGGAUAUCCUCAGUGACCCCAUCCCUGAAAAGCACUAUAAGGAAACAGAGGACCUCAGUCAAUGGCAGUCCAGUAAAACCUGCCGUGGGCCUCUGGAGGAAGGCUGGAGAGACCACCAUGAGCCCAUUAUGUGCUCCUAUAAGAGGGUGCAAUGCAGCUUCGAGGUCUACGGCUUCCAGACCAAGACUGAGGAGUUCAUUCACCGAAACAUUAAAGACAUUCUCCUGGUCGGCCACAGGCAGGCAGUAGCAUGGAUCGACGAGUGGCAUGGGUUGAGUUUGGAAGAAGUGAGACAGUACGAGCAGACAAUGCAAGAGAAGACCAACAGCAAAGUCAAAUCCAGCCACAACAGCACAGGUCCGCAGGUUGGAGCUCGUCCUGCAUUCUCGCGGUCCAUCUCUGUGACAGACGAGCGUUCCCUGAGGAAAAUGGGAGUGACUACAGCAGCCAUGCCUGACACCUCAGACUCUUCUGUGCCACACGGUCCCCUUCGCCUCAAUUCAACCCCUGAGUGAUGCCUUGCACGCUCUGAACAAUGCAAACACAAAGCCCAAACAGUGUCAGCAAUCAGCAGUCAUGUGAUGUUAUUUCUCAAAUACACACUUAUAUAAACAGCAACAGGGUUCUGAAAGGCAAAGUUUGACAUUUUGGGAAGGGGAACAUUAUUAGACCUUUUAUAGGCACAAUUAGAAGAUCAAUGCCACUGUCCUGUCUACUUAAUGCAACCUUGUAAAAAAAGAAUACUUGAAACACAGACUAUGUCCAUUGGUAACACAAUCCACUGAAUAUCUCUUCAUACACAAAUGGUUUGUUUCUUUAGUGUAAAUAAGUGUAAUGUAAUAUAUGUGAUCUGAGGGGCAUUGUAACGUGACUAUUUUGAAUUAAUCCAGUAUCUUUCUGAGAUAAAUCACUGUGGUGUUAUUUAUGCAUGGAAUAAACAAAGGUAUUUGAGCUUGGAUACUGUAUGUUGCUGAAUUGUUACAUCUUGAUUGUGCCAGAGUAGUUGUUCUAUUUUAUAAAGCUAAACAUACUGA